AUUCGCUGGAAGUGAUCGAGUCGACACAAUUCUGAGUAAUCGAGACUUUUUCAUCAAGCCAUUAGAAUCGGAGUUGAUGAACUGUCUGGAUUCUUCGAUUUCAAGAAUUGGACUCAAUUUUAGCGUGUCUUGUAUAACAAAGAAAUUAAUUAAUUGGUUUGUAUAAGUGCCUGACAAUGCCGGGAAUAGACUCGAAAAACGUGCCACGCUAUCUGCAAAACACGGAACAAGUUGUGGACCCAGAAGUGGCAAAGUUUUCAGGAACUAUUCCCCAUUGGCUGAAAGGAAGUCUGUACGCUUCCAGUCCUGGCGUAUUCGACUUGGAGAACGGUUCAGUAAACAAUUGGUUUGAUGGUUACGCUAUUAUCUCGAAAUUCGAGUUUGACGGACGUAAAGUAUCCUUCAAAUCAAAAUACCUCCAGUCCAACGCCCACGCGAAGGCGGUGGAGGCGAAAAGGCCAGUCAUGCAGGAAUUUGGAACACCUCCUUGGUCAAAUAGUCGCAAACUAUUUGCUAAACUUAUCCCAUUUGGCCCCUACGACUGUACUGACAACGUAGUCGGCACAAUAUUCAAAUUGGGGUCAAACCUCUACACUGCCGGAGACACGUGCUACUACCACGAAAUUGACCCCACCACUCUCUCCACUCUGAGAACCCACCACACCAUGAAAACCUUCGGGAUGAACUCCAUCAGCUCCCAACCUCUCGAGGACGCCGCCGGGAACGUGUACCUCGUCGGAGGUGCCAUCCAACCCACGUUUCGCUACAGCGUGUUAAAAAUGCCUGCCAGCGCUGGGAAGGACAAACCGCUGGAGAAAAGAUUUUCCACAAUUGCGUCCUUCCCGUCUCGCUGGAUGUUCGGGGCUUGUCCAUGCAGGAACUUUGGGAUGACGGAGAAUUACAUUAUCAUGAUUGAAAUGCCGCUGGUGCUCAACUUAAUGAAAUUAGCGGCUACCUAUGUCAAAGGGUACUGUUCCACGGAUUGGCUCGACUGGAGACCAGAGGAUGGCGUCCGUUUCUACCUCAUUCAUAAGGGGAGUGGAAACGUGGUCAAAACGGAAGUAUUUUCGAAGUUGCCUUUCUUCACGCCGAGUGUAAUUAAUGCGUUUGAGGAGGGGAACGAGAUCGUCUUGGAUGUCAUCAGCAUGCCAAAUCUCGACUGUAACAACGCUACUUCACUCCACAAUCUCCGUAACCGUUCAGAUAGUCAAAUCCCCCCUGAAAACCGACCCUUAGACGCCGGAUCAAUCCACCGCUACAUAAUUCCUCUCCUAACCCGCCCCCUCACACAAUAUCCUGAAGGCGAGUCCUUAUUAAAAUCAUCUCCCUUCUCAUCCUACAAAACUGUCCAAGCCACCAGAACCGGAGAAAGGUUAAUUAUAACGCCAGAAAUCUUGUCGGAUCCCGGAUUAGGCAUGGAUUUGCAGGUAAUUAACCCCAAUUACCGGGGAAAACGGUACACCUUCGUUUACACGACGGCUGGCUACAUGAGCACGACUUUCUCCCCGUUUGCGAAUGGGAUUGCGAAACUGAAUCUGGAGACGAAGGUGGUCACACAGUGGAAAGUGAGGCCUGGUUGUGUGCCCUCGGAGCCUGUUUUCGUCCCUGCCCCUGAAACGAACGAGUCCACCGAGGAUGACGGAAUCCUCUUGACGAUCGUUAAGAUGGAGCGGGCCUAUGAGGAGGAUGAUUUCUUGGUUGUGGUGGAUGCCAAAAGCAUGACGGAGUUGGGGAGAGCGCACUUAAAUUCGCAAGUGGCUGGCUGGUACCAUGCAACCUUUUUUCAAGGAUAAGCAGCUUGAUGCGACAAGAGAUGUGGAGGAGGAGGAAUAAAAUAAAUCGUGGGAAAAGAAAUGUAACAAUAGAGUGAAACCAAGUGGAUUACGUUGUUUUCCAUUAACUAACGUCUAAAAUGUUCGAAAUUAAAGAUUUCGACACGGUCAUGGGGUCGUUGUGCGUCAAAAUGAUACCAAUUUCUGAAAUCCCCACUCCAAAUUAAGUCUAAAACAAAAAAAAAUCGACAUUUUUUCCGUGACCUUGUGACCUACACCCACCCAUCGAUUUAAAACCGUCAUGGGGUCAUUGUACGUCGAAAUGAUGGAGAUUUCUGAAAUCCCUGCAAAAACCUACGUCAAAACAUCGACAAUUUGACCUCACCACCGUGGCGCUGUGACCUUACGACCUGACCCUCAAGACCCAUCUUUUGAACAUGUCUGUACUUCAAAAAUUAGGAACACGUUUAGUGAAAAUUACAUGUCGAAAUUCGUAUCAGUUCUAAAAUUAUCGUGAAUACAGACAGACAAACGGACAAACAGACAGACAAGGCCAUCCAUGCGAUUUUUCAUCCAACACUUCAGGAGGAAUACGCUUCGCUCCUUUAGCCAAAGUUAAUAUCCAACACAAAGAAUGAGACAGGGCAAGAAUACAAAUGAAAUAAAUUUUUUUCGCCGUGUGAAUGAA